AUGAUAACUUUAUCAGAUUUCUACCAUGUAAUGACUGCAGUGGUUCCACUGUAUGUAGCUAUGACAUUAGCCUACGGUUCUGUAAAGUGGUGGAAGAUUUUCACUCCAGAUCAAUGUUCAGGAAUCAACCGUUUUGUGGCACUUUUUGCAGUCCCUCUUCUUUCUUUUCAUUUCAUUGCGAUGAACAAUCCUUAUGAAAUGAACUUUAGGUUCAUUGCUGCAGACACACUGCAAAAACUCAUCGUUCUUGCAGUUUUAGCAGUAUGGGCUAAUGUGAGCAAAAGGGGUUGUUUGGAAUGGACUAUUACACUUUUUUCCCUAUCCACUUUGCCAAACACUCUUGUUAUGGGUAUCCCUUUGUUGAAGGGCAUGUAUGGGGAGUAUUCUGGGAGUUUAAUGGUUCAAAUAGUUGUACUUCAGUGCAUUAUUUGGUAUACUUUGAUGCUCUUCAUGUUUGAAUACAGAGGUGCAAAAUUGCUUAUAUCUGAGCAGUUCCCAGACACUGCUGGCUCAAUAGUCUCAAUCCAUGUUGAUUCUGAUAUCGUGUCAUUGGAUGGUAGGCAGGCUUUGGAGACUGAGGCAGAAAUUAAAGAAGAUGGGAAACUUCAUGUUACAGUACGAAAAUCAAAUGCAUCAAGAUCAGAUAUUUUCCCAAGAAGAUCAAUGGGCUAUUCAUCAAACACUCCAAGACCAUCAAAUUUAACCAAUGCAGAAAUUUACUCUUUGCAAUCUUCAAGAAACCCAACUCCAAGAGGCUCCAGUUUCAAUCACACAGAUUUUUACUCAAUGAUGGGGGGUGCCCGGAACUCAAACUUUGGUGCAAAUGAUGUUUAUGGACUUCCAUCUUCAAGAGGGCCAACUCCAAGACCUUCAAAUUUUGAGGAGGAAACUGGGAAUAAUGCGAAUAAGUCAAGGUUUUACCAUGGAAAUACACAGUAUCCAGCUCCAAACCCGGGUAUGUUUUCGCCUAACAACGGGUCAAAACCUGUUGGAGCAAAUGCAGGCAAGAAACCUAAUGGUCAGCAAGAAGGUGGUAAGGAUCUUCAUAUGUUUGUUUGGAGCUCAAGUGCCUCUCCAGUUUCAGAUGUUUUUGGUGGCCAUGAUCAUGGAGCAUUAGACCAAAAUACUAAUGCUAAAGAAGUUAGAGUUCCUGUAUCUCCUGGCAAAGUCGAGGGUCAAAGAGAUCACAGUCAAGAAGAAUACUUGGGGAGAGAUGAGUUCAGCUUUGGAAAUAGGGAUGUUAACAAUCCUGAAGGUGAUAAAGCUGGAGAUAACAACAAAGUGAAAGUCAUGCCCCCUACAAGUGUAAUGACAAGGCUAAUUUUGAUUAUGGUCUGGAGGAAACUCAUCAGAAAUCCCAAUACUUAUUCAAGUUUAAUUGGCCUUACAUGGUCCCUCAUUUCAUUCAGGUGGCAUGUUGAGAUGCCUGCUAUAAUAGCAAAGUCCAUUUCUAUACUGUCUGAUGCAGGACUUGGCAUGGCCAUGUUUAGUCUUGGUCUUUUCAUGGCAUUGCAACCGAGGAUCAUCGCAUGUGGAAAUUCCGUAGCAGCUUUUUCCAUGGCCGUCAGAUUCCUUACUGGUCCAGCUGUUAUGGCUGCUGCUUCCAUUGCUGUUGGCCUCCGUGGCGUUCUCCUCCGCAUAGCCAUUGUUCAGGCAGCUCUACCACAAGGAAUUGUCCCCUUUGUAUUUGCCAAGGAGUACAAUGUGCACCCAGACAUUCUUAGUACAGGGGUUAUAUUUGGAAUGUUAGUUGCAUUGCCGAUAACGCUCGUCUACUAUAUUUUGUUGGGACUAUGA